GAGAGAGAGAGGGGGAGGCUGGAGAGAGAGAGAGCGAGAGAAAGGGAGAGGAGGGAAACAUCAACUUUCGGGACCUUCGGGUAUGGCCGACCAGUUCCUUUGCGUUCAGACAGAGACUCUGUCUUUUUAGAGUCUGACCAAGUUCUAGACACAACACCCCUGUUGCUCCCCCAGCCCUCACCUUCACCCUCCCCAAGUGCUGCCCCAAGAAUGGGCACUGGUGCUGUGGGUAGGAAUAGAGCAGGGUCAAAGGUUGGACCUGAAUCUGUUGGUGGGGGUAUAGUUUCUAAAUUUGACAAUGGGAGUGUCGGUUUGGUGUUAGUUGACAGCAAAACUGGGUGUGGACCAAGGUUAGUUAGUGAAAUUGGAAUGGGAAACAUGUUGGAGUCUGAAAUUAGGGCUGGGAUAGAAGAACAAAAUAGAGCUGAAAGUUGGAACAAAUAUGACAAUACCAGGGCUAGCAUGAAAAAUGGGUCUGAAACAAGAAUGGGCUCCCAGGUGAAAACAAGAGCUGGAGGACGGGAUUUGGAAGGAAAAGUGCAAUCUGGGGUGCAGAUAGAAAAUGUGGCUCCUGCUGUGAAUAAGGAGGGACACAGGGGAGGGACAAGGGGUGGAGAAAAAACUGCAAGAGGUGUGGCGAAACCAGAACCUAUUGCUGAGGCUAUAUCAUCAACUGUGACUGACAUUGAGAACAGGGUGGUGCCUGACGAUAAAGUUGUGAUUGGAGUGGGAUCUGGUCCAGGGAUGAAGCCAGAAAUUGAAGCAGGGAUUGAGGUUAGAGCUAGUUCAAGACAGGUAGAGAAUAGGACUGGAACAGAAACUGAAGGUGUAGCUAAAGUUAAUAAUGAGCUUGGUUCAGCAUUAGAGUCCAGAGUAGAAGCUAAAAUUGAGACAGAAGUUGAGAUUGCUCCUACAUCUGAGCCUGAGGAAGUACUAGACAGUGGGGUGAGUAAUGAGACAGGGACUAAGAGUAACACUGAGACUGGGCUUGUCAGUGAAGCCCAGAACAGCACCAAGACUACAGAUAAAGCUCAGAUAAGAACUGGGACUGAGGAUAAAACUGAAACUGCCCCUGCAGAUCAGGCUGAGAAAAAGCCUUUGGACAUUGAUAAAACUGUGUCUGGCCACAUAGAUAAAGGUUCCAGAUCCCAGAAGUCCAAAUCAUCCAAGUCCAGCUCCAGGACUCGACCUGGCACAGCCACAGGGCUGGGACCAGGUAUGGUCAGCCCUCGGCUUAGCAGAGGGCUUGCAGACCUUGAGUCAACAGGCCCCACUGAGGGUAUCGAGUCCACCUGGCCUCGUCGAAUCAUCGUCAGAAAGAGGACUGUUCGGCAGGGUGGGGCACUCCACAACCUCCCCAUCCUCCCCCCUCUCCCCUCUGUCCUCUCAGCGUUGGAGAAGAGGCGCCCACAUUCCCACCUCCAUCCCCGUCAAGGCCACUUCUCAGAGAACCCGCUAUCAAACGCAAUGGACUCUACAAGUAUCGUGGGACGAUGCUCACUUAAGGAGCCUUCCCAUCAUGAUCCAGGACAGGGAGCCAAUUUGGUGGGCAGAGCUUCCCUGAAGGAGCAGAACUUGGAGCACUGGAGGGUCUGCAGAGAUCAGGAAGAACCCAGGAGAUCCAGGAGCAGGGAGAAACAAGGAGAGCAGAGUAAGGAGAAGACUCCAAGGGAGGAGAGGAAGCGUAAGGAAGAGAAGAGAGAGAAGGAGAGGAAAAUAGAGAAAGACAAAAUGGAGGAGAUAGUGGGUAAGGAAAAAGAGAAGGUUACUGUUGGUGAGGGACUGGUGGAAGAAACCAAACAAGAAAAGUUUGAGAGACGGAUUGAAGAAAAAGUCCAAGAAAAUGGAAACAAAAUCAAGGAGGUGAAAACGGAAAAGGAUGGGGAAAUUGAGGGUGAAAAGGUGGAAAACAGAGGUAUUAAUAUUAAGGAUGGAAUACAAGAACAGCAUGCACAAGAGUUGGAGGAGGUGGUGGUUAAAUUAGAGAAAGAAGAAGGUGAGGUGGAGGGAGGAGAAGGAGGAACAUUUGGAGAGGAACAGGGGAUGGAGAGUUGGGAUGCUGUGCUGGAGAUGGUCAACACAUUGUGGGAUGAUGGCUGGGAGAAAGGGGGAGCAGGAGCAGGAGGUGGAGGUGAUACAGAUUCCUUUUCAGGCUCCCUACAACGUUGGCCUCUCCUCCGCCCCCCAGUGGGCUUUGGGGGCUCCCACCCCCCCUCCUCGGCAGCCUCGGAGCUCAGCCUGACAGAGUUAGAGAGGAGAGCCAGGGAGCUGGACUCUGACCUGGAGCACCUAGACCUGUCUCAGCCCCACAGGGACACCCAGGAUUUAUACCAAACACUGCUGGAGCCCCAGAGGGAACGAGCUGACAUGUACCAAACACACCCUGGGCCACAGCGAGAGAAAGCUGCUCUCUUGACAGGAGUAGGAAGCAGAUCCCAGGUCAGUUUGGAGCUAAACGUUAUGGGGUUACCAUCUACAGAUACAGACAGACCUCCUGUGGACUGGUCAACCAAAUCUACCGCUGGGACUUCCACUGUUGGCACAAGCUCCACUAAAGAGGACAGCUCUCCAGACUCCAACCUAACGCUGGAGUCAGAUUCCAGUGGCGUCUUCCUCUCCUUAUCCAAUCAGAGCCAGGAGGAGGCAGGCUCUGACAGCGACCAGCCAAUCAGUGGUUCUGAUCUAGGCAGCAGCAGUACAUCAUUGGAGAAGGAUGGGGAUGAUGGGGCAUUAAAGGAAUGGGGGAGGGAAGAGAGUGCAGAGCUACAGUGGUGCUACCCCUCGCUCCUCAACAGCUCCUCGCACGAUGACAUCGAUGGAGAUGGCGAAAGAGAGGUGGACGUGCGUGGAAAGAUGGGGUUAGAAGAAGUGAGAGGGAAAGAUGGGUAUGGAAGGAAAGAUGAUAAAACAGUAGGAGUGGUUUCAAUCAUUAAGACCCCACUGGACCAUACAGAUACAACUGCAAAUGCCUCACAAAGUGAAGAUAUGCCACCCAGGAAAAAAGUAACCCUAAUGGGAACUGACUCCCCUCUUCCUCUGUCUCCCUCUAACCAGCCAAUCAAACAUCUUCUAGAUCCUAAUCAGAAGCCAAUCAGAAGCUCAGGACUGGACUGUGGUGACUUAGAUCCCUUUGUCCAAUCGGACAGCUUUGUUUACCUUGCUGUGUCUGCAAGACCUGGCUCCCACGGUGAAAACCCCACCGUUUUGGAAAUGUCCACCCAUGAUACAAAACAUGACAGUGUAUGGCAACACUUGGAUAGCAGGAAAACACACUUGGAACAGUCAAAUAGGGAUCAGGAUGCCAAGUUGACUCACCUUGCCCCCCAAAAACCAGAAGAAGGAGACUUUUUGUGCACUGACAGCUUUGUCUACCUGGCUGCUCCAGACUGCCUCCUCCUGGGCCCUGAGGGAACUUCCCCCUACAGUGGCAGGGAGUCGGACUCGGAGAGUUCAGGUUCUGGCCCUGUUGACCUGUCAGUACUGGGUUGUGGCUCGGUGGCAGGAGACAGCGAUUGGGACUCAGAUCUUUCUGACUCUGAUCCCAGUCGCUGCUCUAGAAUCUCUGCUGCUGGCACCAAAUCUGCUGGCAUAGCGCGACCCAGGCGGCUGCCUGCUGAACAGGGCUGGGACUUGUUUGGAGAAACCACUGAACCUGAAGUGCUGAGCGAGCUCUUCACGGAACAGGACAGAAACAACAAUGGCAAAACGAGGAAUGUUACCGGGGUUACCACUAGUAUGGCAGCGACACCAGCCAUUCCCAUGGCAACUCAGCCUGUCACUAAGACAGUGAAGCAACAGUCAACAGUAGAGCAGUCAUCAUCAACAAAGAAGGUUACAUGGCAGUUUAAACCGGCCCAGAGGUCAGUCUGCACAGGAAGCAGAAAAGAGAAAGAGAAGGAAGUGACAUCAUCAUCAUCAUUGGUGAGGUUCACGGAACUGGGAGGAGGUGAGACUCAUAGACCCUCCCCUUCAUCUUCAUCGUCUUCAUCAUCAUCACCGUCAUCAUCGUCAUCUGGUUGAUUUGAAGGGAAAUGGUUGGUGUCCAACCCUUUGGGAGGAGCUUUCCAACAUCUGAAGAUGAGGUGGUUGCAGAAAGGUAGAAAAGAUCUUCAACUUGUUCUGUAGAAACUGUAGAACAACUACAGCUUUUUUCCUGUAAAUUUUGAAAUUUGCAUCUAGCUGCUGCCAUUGCCUUCUUAUGACCUUGUAAAGGCUGCAUAAAAGACUAGUUAAUUGUUACGUUUUCUUAGCUUAACGUAUAUAAUCAGUUAAAAUUUGAGACAGUGUGAGACUCAGGCUUAACAGAAACCUUCAGGUUGAGAUUAUGUGGAAAUACAGCCACAUUUAGGUAAGAUAUGCACAGUGUCAUUCCUAAUAGGUUUUAUCAACAGUCAGCUUUUGGAACACAGGGUUGGUCUAUUGGUUACAUGUUCACAUUAUUCUCUAUCUAAAUAAUUAAUAGUUCUGUGAGUUUUUUAUUCUAUUGAAUGUACUGUACAGGACAAACACAACUGCAAGAUAAAUCCACCCUAAAACAGGAUUCACAUAAUAGGCAUUCUCAAUAAUUUGGCGUGGUCACCUACAUCAAACAUUACAAUGUUGGAAUUCAAUUACUGUAACAAAUAAAAAUUAUUAUAGUUGGAGGCAAAGAAUUUCUGCAGGACUCCAACAACUAACAUCCUAAUGUAAAUGUCUCUCAGGCCUUUUCAUAUAUCAAAUUACACUUCAUUCCCUCAUAUUAUGCCUCACAUUAACUCUUGUUCUUAUGUAUGUACUUUAAAAAUUGACUUUUAAAAACUGACUGAGGUUUAACUUUACAGUGUACAAUGUAUUUUAUAAUCACAUCCAACUUUACAGUGUAUUUACCAGUGUGUUAAUAAUAUAUUUUGGAACAUUGAGAUGAUUAUAGAGUGAUAUAUAUUAUGUGAGGAAUGUGCAAAACUGAACAAAUAAUGGAAGGAUUUAGUAAUAACAUUUAAUUUAAAUGUUUUAUUUAUCAAUUAGAUUUGAAAUUGUGAAUGUAAUAAUUGAGCAAUAUGCUUACAGAUUAAUGCUAUAUUCUAUGUUUCACAUGUGGAAAGUGUUGCCUGAGUGAUGUGUAUAAUAAUGACUAAGUUAAAUUUUAUUUAUACAGUCAAAUACUAAUUGUAAAUGCAGUUUCAUGCUCAUUUAGAGGUUCUAUAUGUUACAUUUUUAAAGCAUCACUUUAUCACCAGAGGUAGCUUGGUAAUAAUUUCUAAUGGCUAAUCAAUGAGACCAUGGUUGAGAUGAUUGAUAGCCUUUGUGUCACACAAGUGGUAUUUUAGUGAUAGUGUUUCUCAAAAUAAAGACUUCAUCUCCCAUAAUCCCCUUUCUGGCCUGGCAUCUUUGGCUUUACUGAAGAGGAUAAACAUGUUGGAAACAUUUUUUUUCUCCCAUUUGCCUCUCACUCCUCUCCACCAUUUGUCAGAGUGAGAAAAUUUGACAGCUUUAGCUCCGUUUGCACUGAGAGUAAAGCAAUCCAGAAGAUUUCCCUCCAAAUCCAAGUCACACAAUGUGGUGGCACAUGUAAAAUGCAGUGUGGAGGCAGGUAGUGCUGCCAAUCAUCCCAGCAGUGGUCUUGUUGUCAAUUAUACCAAUGUCUCAUAAUGAGUGUGGUAAUAACUUACUGAUGUUAAAAAUGAUACAGGUAGCACCUUUAAAAGAGAGCACAGUGCUAUCAGAUUUGUGUAUUCUACUACAAAUGUGACAAAGGGAAAUUAUUGUCAGUUGAACAACAAUAUUUUUUGUUAUAAGAAUGAUGUGGUUAUGAAAGGCUGUGUGGGAAGUCAUGUCCUGACAGGCAAAUGGGCUGCCAGAUUUAGUCGUGCUAUUUGCACUUGAAUUUUAAAUUGGGGAAACGAAAAGUAACUGUUUGAAUGCUGACAACUUCCAAGUCAGCUUAGUUAUUAGCGUGUGUUCAGAGGUGUAGGUGACGACACUAGAAUCUAAUUUGGAGGAUGAAUCCACUGUGGGGAUGCUGGAAUCAUAUUUCUUGAUUGAGACUGAUGGAUUAAGAUGGGUGUUUUUUUUUUAAAGCUAAAUUAAAAAAAAUGAAAAAAAUCAUAAUAAAAAUGAUUGCCUUGUGCAGCUUUAACUGCCAUUAUGAACAUUGAAAUGCUCUUAACUCUUGGUGAUGAUGGUCAGUGAUGGAUUUCUGUCUCAUGCUUUUGAGCACAGAUGUACAAGCACAUCCACAGAGGAAUAAAGUGCUUCAUUAGUCAACUGUAUUUUUAAAGCCGCAGGUCUUUGUAUUUGACAGUUUGAAUGUCUUGGGAAGUGAAUGUUAAGAAGCAAACCCAUACUCCUGUGCUGGAAUAAUACUACCUGGCCCAAGGUUUUUUGUGUGUCAGUUAUUUUGUGGUAAUUUGAUUUAACACAAAUUUAUUUAGGAAUAUGUACCAUAUAAACACAAUAUAAUGCAAUCACCGAAAGUACAACUUAGAUGGUACUGUCCCACUUAUACCAUGGCCACUUGACAACAAAAUGCCACAUGUAAUCAAAUCAAACAUACCAGUGCUUAAAUGACUAAUGUUUAAUCCCACUUUCUGUUUUAAAUAUCAUGAAAUAUUGUUCUAAAAUUUUGUUAAAAAUUUCAAAUUGGAAGAGAAGCUCCAUUUACCCCUGCAGCUCCAUAUUGCAAUGCAUUUGCUAAGCCACACCCACUCAUUAGUGGUCCAAUCAAAUGUGAAGGAUUUGAAUUAAAUAUCUACAAAGAUGCUGUAACUUGUUUUACUGUGACUUUAAAGUCU